AUGACCCGUUUAAACACGUUAUUAAAAUCCUCACGGCCUUGGAUCGCCGUCGUACCCGCUACUAUCAGUGCCAUUUAUAUUACUCACGAGCAAGAAUCAAGUGGAUGCAAAGGGUUGAUUCCCAUAUCUGCCUUUUUGUAUCAAUCUCUAUCUGAAGACAAGACACCCAAGACUAGUAUCGAGUUUGAUACGAAAGCCUCUAUGCCCAAGCGCAUGGAGGCAUUGAUUCUUCGAUUGCAAGAUGAAAUUUGUGCCACUAUUGAAGCUGUAGAUGGAAAGAAGUUUCAUGAAGAUAAAUGGGAACGUGAAGGACACGGUGGUGGUGGUCGUAGUCGUAUAAUCCAAGAUGGGAACGUCUUUGAAAAGGCUGGAGUGGGUGUAUCAAUUAUUCAUGGAAAAUUACCACCUGCUGCCGUAAAACAAAUGACAGAGAGAGGAAAAGACAUUCAAGAACGACCAGAAGGGGUGCCUUUUUACGCUUGUGGCAUUAGUUUAGUCAUGCAUCCACACAAUCCCAUGGCUCCAACAAUUCACCAUAAUUACCGCUACUUUGAGGUAGAAACGGGAUACUUUGAUAAGGAUGGUAAACCUGAAAAGAUUGGGUGGUUUGGUGGAGGGGCUGACUUGACUCCGAGUUAUCUUUUUGAAGAAGAUGCACGCCAUUUUCAUGCUGUCUAUAAGACGCAGUUGGACAAGCGUGACCCAGAGCUUUAUCCCAAGUAUAAGAAAACAUGUGAUGAGUAUUUCUACAUCCCACAUCGUCAAGAAGGUCGUGGGAUUGGUGGCAUCUUUUUUGAUGAUCUUACUAAUACGUCGGAAGAGAAUUUUCAGAUGGUUCGUCAUUGUGCCAGCUCGAUGCUCGAUGCAUACGUCCCGAUUCUUAAGAAACGUAAGGACUUGCCGUUUACGAAACAGCAAAAGGAGUGGCAGCAAAUGCGUCGUGGUCGCUAUGUCGAGUUUAACAUCAUGUACGAUCGAGGCACCAAGUUCGGUCUACUGACUCCCGGCUCACGUGUUGAGUCGAUCCUCAUAUCACUUCCGCUGACGGCUCGUUGGGAAUACAUGCACCAACCUGCUUCUGGAUCAUGGGAGGAAAAGACUAUUGAGGUGCUAAAGAACCCCGUGGACUGGCUCAAUGUGCCUGAAGUCGAUUUAAAGACGCUUUCGACAGGUGAGCUGCUCAAGGAGCUUGCUAGAAGAAGUGAGUAA